AUGUCGUUAGCUGAUGAACUUUUGGCUGAUCUUGAAGGAGCAGAGACAUCUGAGGAAUUAAUUGCUGACUCAAGUCUUCAUGAACUAGAAGAUGUUACUUUAUCAAGUGUAAACAAGUUGGAUGAUUUUCUGUCAGAUGGAACCAGUUCGGGAGUUAAAAGUGCAUUUAAAGCAACUUCAUUUGCUGAUGCUCCAAUCAGUGCUUAUGCAAAAUUGAGAAAUAGUGAUAAGCUAACCAAAGUCAUGUCAGAUCUUGAUUAUUUUGCUAAUCAAAAGAAAAGUGAUCGAAUACAUGGGCCUGUUGAAGCUGAUCCCGAAUAUCAGUGUAUUGUUGAAGCUAACAAUCUUAUGGUGGAAAUAGAUAAUGAAAUCAUGUGCCCCAUUGGUUUGGACACUCAGGUCCCUGGAUUAGAAAUUGUCAAUCCACAAGCUGCAGAGAAACCAAUGGAAAUUGGGAAUAAGUAUUUCAGUAGCACAUGUGGUUUCAAAAAAAUUGAAGCAAAGAUGAAAAUUGAUGAUUCCAUGACAAAUGGAGUAUAA